AGCUGUUUGUGUUUACUCUGUUAGUUUAUAUUUUGUAUUAUUUUCGUAAAAUGGCACUAUUUUCGUUUUUAAGAAGUAGAACUGUUUUCUGGCUGAGUGUCGCUGGCACCACGGUGGGUGCAGCUUGUGGCAUAAAGGACCUUAUGCAAGGCGGCCGAUUCACCAAAGAGACUGAUGAAACCGGCAAAGUAGUCAUCGUGACUGGUGCCAAUACAGGGAUAGGGAAGGAAACGGUACGAGAACUUGCUAAGCGGAAUGCCACGGUUUAUAUGGCAUGCCGGAACCUGAAGAAAUGUGAAGAGGCCCGCAAAGAAAUAGUUUUGGAAACCAAGAAUCCGAACAUCUACUGCCGGCAAUGCGAUCUUGCCUCCCAAGAAUCCAUCCGCCAUUUCGUGGCUGCCUACAAACGUGAGCAAACCAAGCUUCACAUCCUUAUAAAUAAUGCGGGCGUCAUGCGUUGUCCUCGAUCCUUGACGACAGAUGGUAUUGAGCUUCAAUUGGGAGUAAAUCACAUGGGCCACUUCCUUCUAACUACGCAAUUGUUGGAUAUGCUUAAGAAAUCCGCUCCCAGUAGGAUUGUUAAUGUCUCAAGCUUAGCUCACACUCGUGGUGAAAUAAAUACCGGCGACCUCAACAGCGACAAAUCCUACGACGAAGGCAAAGCCUACUCGCAAAGUAAACUGGCCAAUGUCCUCUUUACAAGAGAACUUGCCAGACGACUGGAGGGUACCGGGGUGACUGUUAAUGCCCUACAUCCUGGCGUUGUGGAUACAGAGAUUAUAAGACACAUGGGCUUCUUUAAUAACUUCUUUGCAGGGUUGUUUGUGAAACCCUUGUUCUGGCCAUUUGUUAAGACUCCAAAGAAUGGUGCCCAGACCACGUUGUAUGUUGCCCUGGAUCCUGAACUGAAAAAGGUGACCGGCCAAUAUUUUAGCGACUGCAAAAUCAAGGAAGUGGCUCCGGCGGCCUUGGACGUUCAAACUGCCAAGUGGCUUUGGGCAGUCAGUGACAAGUGGACUAAACCAGCGACCAUCGAUAUAAAAUAGGCACAUGUUGAACUGAUUGUAAAAAAAAAUGUUUCUGACGCUCCAAAUUUAAAGUUAAAUUCUUAUUUUUA